GCCCUCGCACCGCCUACUUGACUCGUCCGAAACUUCCAUAUCUUUCCUCUGCUGCCCUCCCAGUCUCCUUCCACCCCCCCGAAAACCUCACAAAACCCUCGCUCCCCACCACCCGCCGCCGCCCACGCCGCCGCCUGUACCAGCAGCUUCAAGAUGAGUCGGCACCCUGAAGUGAAGUGGGCUCAGAGGAUCGACAAGGUUUACAUCACUGUACAGUUAUCUGAUGCCAAGGAUGCUAAGGUCAAUUUGGAACCAGAUGGUGUCUUCACAUUCUCUGGCAGUGUUGGUACAAACGUGUAUGAAUUGAAAUUAGAUCUGAAUGACAAAGUAAAUGUUGAGGCUAGCAAAAUAAGUGUGGGGGUCAGGUCCAUAUUCUGUAUCGUAGAAAAAGCUGAGGCCAAAUGGUGGAAGAAACUUGUUCGAGAUGAUCAAAGGGCACCUCACUUUGUGAAAGUUGAUUGGGACAAAUGGGUUGAUGAAGAUGAUGAUGGUACUGAUGUGAACUUGGAUGGGAUGGACUUCUCGAAUUUCGGUGGUAUGGGUGGUAUGGGUGGUAUGGGCGGCAUGGGUGAUAUGGCUGGUUUGGGUGGUCUUGGUGGUCUUGGUGGUAUGGGUGGUCUUGGUGGUAUGGGUGGUCUUGGUGGCAUGGGCGGCAUGGGCGGUAUGGGAAUGGAUGAUUUCGAGGAUGAGAGCGAUGAUGAAGAAGAAGUGUCAAAACCUCAAGCUGCGGGCAAGGCUGUUGAGGCUGAGAAGACAGAGUCGGCGGAAGGCAAGACCGAGGCGGCUCAGAGCAGUUGAAGAUGCUUCCGACGUGAUCUAAACUAGACUGUAUCCUCGUGUUAAUUCAGCUGAAUCGGAGAACAAACCUUUACGUUGUGGCACUGGCCGGUCCCAGUGACUUGCCAAGAAAAUUUACGUUCCGUCUUUAACUGGGCAUCCGAGUGUCGUGCUCAGCAUAUUAUGGAUAUUGUUUCCGUGAUGCUUCCUUUGGUCGCCAAUCAUGUGCUGGAGUUUGGUUUACUGGAUUGCUUUUCUUCUGUGUGGUUUUUGGCUUUAUACUAAUGGAAAGAUGGGGCCUCGUAUGGUCUUGAUUA